AUGAACCAUGAUAAAACUAAGGUAAUGACAAAUAGCACAAACACUACAAAUAAAUUAAUAUUGUGUGGCAAAUCAUUAGACUAUGUAAACAGCUUAUAUAUUUUAUCAAAACAAUAUCAUUUGAAGACAAUAGCGAGGAGGAGGAAGUCGAACGCAGGUGCGCCAGGAGAACGAGCGCAUGAUGCACGACGUCCUCCAGGUGGAAGUCUUAAAUCGCACCCAGUCGUCGGCGUUGCGCUGACGCCGCGCUAUUCGCCGCGGCCGCGGCUCGACAACGUGCGUCCGGCUGCUGCGCCGCCGGAGGAACCCGCCGAGCCAGACCCAGUGACCGGCACGCCACCCACCGGACCGGACGAACCUGACGAGCCCGCUGCGCUUCGUCUAGAUCAACCGGUGAGCACCACUCCGCCAGGGCCUACGUGA